GAAGAAGGAAAGGAGGAAGGGAGGGAAGGAGGACCAGCAGCAGCUGCUCUGCAGGCUGGUGCCUGGGGCAACGGCCCAGCAAGGCAGUUGUGGAUCUCGAAUUUCCUGGCUGCAUCUGUCAGUGUUAAUGCUCUCAAACAUCCUUGGCAGUGAGAAGUAGUGGCCUGUAGAUAGGUCCUAGAAACUUGGGUAAAAGGUGGUUGUGGUUCCAGGUGAACGAAGCUUUUUGAGUCCUUGUUGGCUGCUGGUUUAAAAUUACUCAGAGUGAAAAGCUGAGAAUAAACUGUGCAAACCUGCAACUGGUUAGCCUGACUUCAACUCUUAAUGCGGUGCCUGUCAAAACAGGUAGUGCAGCCAUGCAAGAAAGCACACGUUUUGCGUCAUCGGGAGAUGAUGUUAAAAUAUGGGAUUCCUCAUCUCUAACUGUGGUGGAGCAGUUCAACCCACAUACGCCCUCACAUCCAGUCAGCUCUCUAUGUUGGGCCAGCAAUAACAGAUACCUGGUCACUGCUUCUGCUGCUGGUGAUAAAAUAGUUGUUUCAGGAUGUAAAAGUAAACCUGUUCCACUCUUUGAAAUAGCUGAAGGUGCAAAACAGACGCGUGUGAGCUUGAAUUCUAGCUCUUCAUAUAUUGUGAGUGGAGGCCUUGAUAACACAGUUAAUAUUUGGGAUCUGAAAUCCAGAAAGGUUUACCGUAACCUUAAGGACCAUAAAGAUGAAGUCACAUGUGUUACAUAUAAUUGGAAUGAUUGCUAUAUUGCUUCUGGAUCUUUGAGUGGUGAAAUUAUCCUACACAGUAUCACCACCAAUUUAUCAAGUGCUCCAUUUGGUUACGGCAGCCGUCAGCCUAUUCGACACUUGCAAUAUUCAUCCUUUAAGAAAUCCUUGCUGGGCAGUGUUUCCGACAGUGGAAAUGUAACUCUGUGGGAUGUAAAUAGCCAGAACCCAUAUCAUAAUUUUGAAAAUGCUCAUAAAGCACCAGCUUCAGAAAUCUGCUUUUCUCCAGUCAAUAAGCUGCUGCUUGUAACUGUAGGUUGCGAUAAAAGAAUUAUUCUCUACGACUCUUCAAGUAAAAAGUUACUGACAACAAUAGUUGCUGAUUUUCCUCUGACAACAGUAGACUUCAUGCCUGAUGGUACUACCUUGGCUGUAGGAGGUUCCCGGGGAAAAAUCUGCCAGUAUGACUUAAGACAACUGGCAUCACCAGUGAAAACAGUUAUUGCUCACAAAGGCUAUGUGCAAUGCAUACGUCUUCAGUUUAGUAGCACUUUUUCCAAGUCUAACCUUACAGGUUCUUCAAAUAAACCUCAGUUUGUAAGAGCAGACGUUAAAGCUGGUAGUAAUCUUGGAGGAAUUAAAAAUAUUGCCAUCAAAAAUGCUGCCCCUCAAGCAUCAGCAACGGUUUCAUCUCAUCUGCCAAAUGAGAGUAAGGGAGGAGAGGUUCUUCAUGAGAAAACAGGCUUUCCCCAUAGUUGCAGCCUGGAUGUGAUUCCAUCUAAAGAAACAGAUCACGGGAAAAGUGCUGAUUUAAGUAAUUUUGAUGAUUUGGGUCGAAAUAGUUUAGGAGAUGUGUUUUCUCCAGUCAGAGAUGAUAAUACUGCAAGUAAAGCAAAUGAAGAUCCUCAAGGAAAAGCAGAUGGUCUGGAUUUCCAGUCCUACCUUUCGGGUUUGGAUCUUCUCCCUCUGUUCACGGCUGCCUUACCAGUAAAAAGAAACCCAGUGGGAGGUAGCACACAAGCGAUACGGUCUGGUCCAUCACAUGUAGUUGUGGGAUCUCCUGUUAAAGACAAGGCAGAACAUCCAGAGACUGACGCUAAAAAAAUAAAUCUUGGAAAGCAAGAACCUGAAGAAGUUUUAAAGCAGCUUUCAAAAUUGAGCUCAUCAAAUGUAGAAUCUGUAACUCUAAGUUCUCCACCAUCAUCCACUGCUGUAAAGGCACCUGAUGCACAUGAGAGAAUAGGGAAGAGUAUUCAAGCUGACCCUGCAUAUGAUCUACCAGUAAAUGGUACUCCCUUAUCAAGUCCAAAGAUAACAUCACAUGUCACUACUGGAGUUGCAAGUUCAUUGUCGGAAAAGAUAGCAGAAACCAUUGCGAGUAGCAGACCAAACGCACCUCUGACAUCAAUCCAAAUCAGCUUCAUUCAGAAUAUGAUACAAGAAACAAUGGAUGAUUUCAGAGAAGCAUGCCAUCGAGAUAUUGUGAAUUUGCAAGUGGAGAUGAUCAAGCAGUUCCAUAUGCAGUUGAAUGAAAUGCAUGCUUUACUGGAAAGAUAUUCUGUAAAUGAAAGCUUAGUAGCUGAAAUAGAGAGACUACGAGAGGAAAACAAAAGACUGAGGAGUCACUUCUGAAAGACUGUUUAGAAAAUUAACAAGAACUCACUACAGGUGGUUUGUUGCUUAUCACAGAUCAUCCAUCAUCACUGAAGUAUUGUACAAAGACCUGCUAGUAUUUUGAACGUGACUUUUUUCUUCUGAAGAAAUGAUGUAAGAUAGUAUGUGUACUUAUAAAAUUUGUAAUAGAUAAACACUUUAUAAAAACAUUUGCAUACUUGUGCUAACCACCUUGAAAUACAUCCUUCCAACAGGAUAGUACAUCACCAGAGUUUUAAUAAUAUGUGAAGUGCCUUUUUAAAAACAAAGACAAAACAGGACAGAUGCCUUUUUCUGUAAGGAUUUUUUUAUAUACCUACUUUUCUAUCUGCUUCUUGACUGCUGUCAGAAACAAUCACCAUAGCUUGCCUUUCAGAUACUUUUCUUAGAGAAAAAAGGGAGAGAAGCUUACUUCUGCAUGGUAUCAAGCCCUUUAUAAAGAGCUGGAAAAUAGAGUAUUGAGUUAACUUUAUUCAACUGGCAACACCUCUAUCCUGAGUAAAACUAGAAGUGGAAAAUAUUCUCAAACUUGGUGCCAUGAUCUUUCUUACUAUCUUUGUAAGUCUGAAAUUUGUGCUUGUCUGCUGUGAACUUUGUUGCAAAUGCUACUUCAACUGCACAAUGAGAUUUUUGUUACAACUUUAGCUAUGAGGCUAGAAUUCUUUUUAUUUACAUGUAUUUAAGUAUUGUCAUAGCUUGUCUAAUUUGAAUGAAACUUUGGACUUCAAAACAUUAAGUGUACUUAGCUGUUAAUAAUACAGCAUUGUGUAAAUGUGGUCUUUUAGUCUUUGACUUAAGCAUCUUUUGUGCCCCCUCCCUUACUAUUGAGCAGUACUGUUGUAGUUUUAACACUUAUUGGUUUAGUGUAGCCUUUUUGAGAUAGCUGCGUACUAAAUCUAACUAGUAUCUUAGUUGUGUGAUUAACAAAACAAACAUUAAAGAGAAAUGACUUCAGUAGCAUGAUGGUAUCGUUUGGCUUGGCCUUUAUUUGUGCCAAGAUAUUAAAUUAAAACUUAAUUUUACCUUAAUUAAAAUAACUUAAAAUUGUAGAGUAAACAUUUCUCUGAAAAACUUCUAGAAGUGCUGCUUGCUAUUGAAAGUUUUCUUGAGGCUUCUUAAUUUUCUCACUAGUAUUUGCUUGGUUUUUUUCACUCAGUCAGACAAGGAAAGUUUGAGAACGUGGUAAGUUAAUUAGUUAGAGCUUCUAGUGUUUAAAUCCAUAAAGGCUCUCUUCUACUAAAUAAGCCAUAAUAUAUAGUGUAACUUAUUUUUAUAUGUUAUGAAACUAAAAAAAAAACCCUAUCUGUACCUUUUCCCUAUCCUUAACAUUUUUUUAAAAAAAGAGAAUGUUCCUUUCUUUUUCAUGUCAGUUAAUGACAAGUACAAUCUUGUAACAGGAUGAAGGUGUUCAAGUAGUCUUUAGUAUUAGGUAAAGGACUUUUAAAUGUCUGCAGUUCUCCUGCUUUCAUUAGCCUUUAAGAAUAUUUCUAUAUCACGUAUAACUUCAUGGUGAAAGGAAGCAAUGCAAGUUAAAUUUUUUUAGUAACUUAACACAGUGUACGUUCAUAGGAUGUGUAAGCUUGACAUAUUGAGACACUUCAUGAAGACAGCAGUGGUUGCAGGUAGGAAAAAUAUCUUACUGUUUUUCUACAUGAUUUGCAGUGUUAAUGAAGUAACCCUGCAUAUUUGCAUCUUUUGACUUAUUCCCCAAGUGCUCUUGCUAGUACGCCCAGAUGACAUCAGAGAAUUAGACAAGUAUCUUGGGUAUUUGGCGUGUAGGUAAUUUGUUUCCUUGACUCAGAAUUGUUUAAUGGUUUCCUUAAUUUUCAAAUGGAGGUGAUUAUAGCAAGACUGAUUAAAAGGAGACAUUUUGGCCUUUUAAAGAUUUUUUUUAGGGCUUUUUUUCCCAUAUCUCAGGGUUAUUGUAGCACAAGUAGCCACACAUGCUGUGUGGAGUCCCAAUAUGCCUACCCCUACAGGGGCAUGUUUUGCCUUGUACAAAUAUAUAAUUUGUAUGUUUAAAAUAAAGCUUGUUUUAACACUUUG